GUCAAAUCUGUGUAACUUGUAUACCAUUGUUGUAUACACAGCUUGUAUAAGUUUGAAAACUGAAAAUAAACAAUUUCUCCUUUAUUAUGAAACAGUAGUCUCGCUUAGUAUGUUUUAUUUGUAAAAUCUGUAAACAGGAAUUUUUUAAAGAAUAGAAAAAAUGGAUCACGAGGCGGGAUAAGUUUAGUUUAUCGUAAAUUGUCCAAAUUACUUGCUUUAAACACUUUAUAAAUAAAUAAAAAAAUGUUUUUUUAGCAAAUGCAGUUGCAAUAUACAUUUUUAUGCAUGGAAAUCAAGUAACACAAUCCUAAUCAGUGCUGAAAAUAAUACCUAUAUUACUAUUAAAUCUGUAUUUAACACACAUUAAUUGCAUUUUCGCCUUAAAUGCUAUAAGUAAUGAAUCAGUGUUCCGUAUUGAAUUGUGGUGUCAAUGUUAUUAACAACCCAAAUAAAGAGACUUUUCACAGAUUUCCUGUUGAGUCCGUUUAUAAAGAAAAAUGGGUACGAGUUAUUAAUCGAUCCGACUGGGCACCUACCAAAUAUUCAGUUAUAUGCAGUAAACAUUUUAAAGAAGACUGUUUUAUGACCAGGAAUGGCCGCCGCAUUUUAAAGAGAGCAUCCAUACCUACUAUAGCUGUACCGGUAAAUUUUAAAGUAAAAAAGCCAGAAUUAGAUAUAGAUAUUUUAUCGGAUCCAUCACAGCCCAGAUCUUUAUCCCCGAGGAGACAAAAAUUAAUCGUUCAAUGUUCCAAAUUAAGAGAGACUAUAAGAAAAAAGCAAACACAUAUAAGAAAUUUAAGAACACAAACUAAACGAUUAAGAGAAAAAUAUGACAAGGUUGAGGCAAUUGUUGUGGAGGUGCUAAGACAUCCAUAUUUACAAGAUCAGGUUAUAGAAGUGGAAUCAUCUUCACAAUCAUCCUCAUCUUCAUCAUCAUCAUCAUCAUCAUCAUCGUCUUCAUCUGAAACAGAAAAAUAAGGUUAUAAAAAUCUUUUCAGCAAGAGUUGAUUAAAAAAUGAAUAAAGACAGGGUAACUAAAUACAAUAGAAGUGUAGGUGUUUUCAUCCAUCAACUCUUGCACUAUAGAUUUGAGUUUGAGGAUUAUAAGGAUAAAAAUUUAAUGUUUUAUAUUUAUAGAUAGGUAGUUAAAAUGAUGUUUUCUUCAAGUAAGGAAAGACCUGCUCACAAACAAAAUAUUAAAUAUUAGUUUUUAUUUUAGUAUACCAAGUAAAUAGGUACAUUAGAUAAUUAUCAAUGCAUAAUUUAUUUUGUGAAUUUGUAGAGCCAAAAUGAAGGGGUUGCUUCACAAAGUACCAAAUCAUUGGCUGAAAUUAUGUACAGACUAAAUUAAAUGUGUUCUUACAAAUAUCUUAUUAAUUCUUGAAUUGAAAUUUCUUUACACUAAUUAUUACUAAUAUAUAAAGCAUUUACUUGUAAUGUAUCUGGCACAAUGUUUAAUACAUAGUACCUACUGAAAAUAAUUUUAGUCUAUUUAAUCUAGUCAAACACGUCAAAGUUAAAACAAAGACAAAGAUAUAAUUUAUUGAAUUAUAAUUAGAAUACUUAUUAUUUUUUGUUAAUAAAGCUUGUAAAUAUUGCUUUGCUAUAAUUGUUUUCUAUAUUUUGUGGUAAUAGAGAAGGGGUAACGUCAUCCAUGUCUAUGCUUAUCCAUAACCAUUUCUCAAAUUAUUUCCUAAGUCAACAUAAAAGUAAUCAAUUAGAGACUAUCUUUUUAUGAAAAAUAUAAUUGCACAACAGAAA